UUUGACCAAGAAAAAAAAAUUAAGAAUAGGGAAUCAUUUUCAUUUUGGAUUCCCUCUCAGUCUAAUGUUUGUUGCCCUUUCAAGCUUACUUUAUCAAGUCUCAUCGUCGCUCGAGUCGAGCACCUAUCUCCGCCGGCUAAGAUGAAGAUUAUGGUGGCCGUGAAGCGAGUGAUCGACUAUGCCGUCAAAAUAAGAGUGAAGCCCGACAAGAGCGGAGUAGAGACUCAAAACGUUAAGAUGUCGAUGAACCCAUUCUGCGAGAUAGCUCUGGAAGAGGCUCUUCGAAUCAAGGAAGCAGGAUUGGCAUCUGAAGUGGUCGCCGUAACUAUAGGCCCCAAGCAAUCUAUCGAUACUCUUCGAACGGGUCUGGCCAUGGGCGCCGAUAGAGGGAUUCAUGUGGAGGCUACUGGCGAUUUGUUUCCUCUUGCUGUGGCUAAGCUUUUCAAGGCUCUUGUUGAGAUAGAGAAGCCCGGUUUGAUUAUUCUAGGAAAACAGGCCAUCGAUAAUGAUUGUAAUCAAACUGGGCAAAUGGUGGCAGGGCUUCUAGGUUGGCCUCAGGGGACAUUUGCUUCCAAGUAGGUGGUGCUUGACAAGGAGAAACAGGAAGUAAUGGUAGAUCGAGAAGUUGAUGGUGGUCUGGAGACUGUGUGUUUAAACUUACCAGCAGUUAUCACGUAAGCAUAUGAUCCUCAUUUUUCUUGUCUUUGUUUGCUUAACUUUCCACUGCUGCACUGUGAUUCCGUGUUGGUUUAUUUAGUUGCGUGUCACUCUGUUGUGUAUGAUCCAGAAAAGAGAUGUCUUUCUUAGAAUUUCUAUUUGUGCUAUUGCUAACGAAAAUGCUUGCGUGGUCUGCCAGAGUCGAUGGUUAGAGUUGUGAUGUAGGGGGUAGCACUGGCAGCUGGGAAGAAAGGCAUAAUCUUUGUUAUAUAUCAAUUCAGCAUGAUUAAAAUCAAGUUCUAUAUUCUUCCUUGUAUGGUUUUGUGGCUGCAUUGAAGCACCGAUCUAAGACUGAACCAACCGAGGUAUGCGACACUGCCAAACAUUAUGAAAGCAAAAUCAAAGCCCGUCAAGAAAUACACGCCGGAGGAGCUGAAUGUUGGAACAAAGUCAGAUCUAGAGGUUGUUGAAAUCACAGAACCUCCCAAGAGGAAAGCAGGGGUGCUGGUUUCUUCUGUGGACGAGUUGAUCGACAAGCUUAGAAAUGAAGCUCAUGUCAUUUAAUGUCGAUGUUGAUUUACCUUCUGAGUUAGCAUAAUCCAGUUGUCCUACAAGGCUAAAACAGAGGGUUUGUGUAACAAAAGGCUUGUUGCCGGUUGAAUAAUACUUCUGCAGAUAUGUUCAUGUGAUGGUGGAUAGUGGAGAGAUUGUGUAAUUUUGGUCGGUUGUUGGAUCUUUGUUUGGGGGUGUGGUCAAACUAGUCUGCGCAGGAAGAAGAAUGCGAGAAAAAAUGUCGUCAUGUUUUGCUAGUGAAUCGGAGGGUUGAUGAUUGGUAAUGGACCAACCCUCGUUACCCAUU